AUCCGGCGGAAGUCCGCCCGCCUGCUCCGCCGCUCCUCGUGUCUGACCGCCGGCAUGGCGCACUACAACUUCAAAAAGAUCACCGUGGUGCCGUCCGCCAAGGACUUUAUUGACCUGACAUUGUCGAAGACUCAACGAAAGACUCCAACAGUUAUUCAUAAACAUUACCAAAUUCAUCGCAUUAGACAUUUUUACAUGAGAAAAGUCAAGUUUACUCAACAGAAUUACCAUGACAGACUCUCACAGAUUCUAACGGAUUUCCCCAAAUUGGAUGAUAUCCAUCCAUUUUAUGCUGAUUUGAUGAAUGUUCUGUAUGACAAGGAUCAUUACAAGUUGGCUCUAGGACAAAUAAAUAUUGCCAAAAAUUUAGUGGACAAUGUUGCUAAAGAUUAUGUGCGGCUUAUGAAAUAUGGUGAUUCUCUCUACCGCUGCAAGCAGCUGAAGCGUGCUGCCCUUGGGCGAAUGUGUACCAUUAUCAAAAGACAGAAGCAGAGUUUGGAAUAUUUGGAACAAGUGCGUCAGCAUUUGUCCCGUCUGCCAACUAUUGACCCGAAUACAAGGACCCUGCUUCUGUGUGGGUAUCCGAAUGUCGGCAAAUCCAGCUUCAUCAAUAAGGUGACAAGAGCAGAUGUGGAUGUCCAGCCUUAUGCAUUCACGACCAAGUCUCUGUUUGUCGGGCACAUGGAUUAUAAGUAUCUGCGUUGGCAAGUUGUAGAUACUCCAGGGAUUUUGGACCACCCUUUGGAGGAUCGGAACACCAUUGAAAUGCAGGCCAUCACGGCCCUAGCCCACCUGCGUGCUGCAGUUCUUUAUGUGAUGGAUUUGUCUGAGCAGUGUGGGCACGGGCUGAAGGAGCAGCUGGAGCUCUUCCAGAAUAUCAGACCUCUCUUUAUCAACAAGCCUCUUAUAGUUGUAGCAAACAAAUGUGAUGUGAAGAGAAUAGCUGAACUUGCUGAAGACGAUCAGAAAAUAUUUACAGAUUUGCAGGCUGAAGGAUUUCCUGUGGUAGAGACCAGCACGCUGACGGAGGAAGGGGUUAUUAAAGUGAAAACAGAGGCUUGUGACAGGCUUUUGGCUCAUCGAGUUGAAACCAAAAUGAAAGGAAAUAAAGUGAAUGAGGUGCUGAACAGAUUGCAUUUAGCUAUACCAAACAAAAGAGAUGAUAAGGAGAGGCCUCCUUUCAUCCCAGAAGGAGUGGUGGCACGCAAAAAGAGAAUGGAGAUUGAGGAGCCAAAGAAGAAAAGGGAACGAGAUAUUGAACUGGAAAUGGGAGAUGAUUAUAUUUUGGAUCUUCAGAAGUACUGGGAUAUAAUGAAUUCAUCUGAAAAAUAUGAUAAGAUACCUGAGAUCUGGGAAGGCCACAAUAUAGCUGAUUAUAUUGAUCCUGACAUCCUGCAGAAAUUGGAAGAGUUGGAAAAAGAAGAAGAGCUAAGAACAGCUGCUGGCGAGUAUGACAGUGAAUCUGAAAGUGAAGACGAAGAAAUGGUGGAAAUCCGACAGCUUGCAAAAGAAAUUAGAGAAAAAAAGAAGUUGAAAAUUCUGCAAUCCAAAGAGAAGAAUACACAGGGACCCAGAAUGCCUCGAACUGCAAAGAAGGUUCAGCGGAAAGUCUUGGAGAAUGAGAUGCGCAGUCUUGGUGUUGACAUGGAUGAUAAAGACAAUGCCCAUUAUGCAGUCCAGGCCAGGCGAUCUCGGAGUGUUACUAGGAAAAGAAAGCGGGAAGACUCUGUUCCACCCUCUUCCGUAGCCCGGAGUCGCAGUUGUUCUCGAGCUCCACGUGAUGUCUCUGGUCUUCGGGACGUCAAGAUGGUGAAGAAAGCCAAAACCAUGAUGAAGAAUGCUCAGAAGAAGAUGAAUCGCUUGGGGAAGAAAGGCGAGGCAGACAGACAUGUGUUUGAUAUGAAGCCCAAGCACUUGCUCUCUGGAAAGAGGAAAGCUGGUAAAAAGGACAGGAGAUAGUGUCCGUGGCAGCUGGGACAGUGGCUAGACCACUGUGUGUUUCUUGGUUUGCUAUCAUAUGGUUUCAUAAAAUUGGAGUCAUGAUCUAUAAACUGAAAAUAACAAUGGAAAUAACGAAAGCAGUUGUUGCUUUCCUGAAAACUGUGGUUAAUCCUUAACUGUACAGGUGUGGGACAUUUUUAUCACUGCGUAGUAUUACAGAUAUUUUGAGCAGACAGUGGUUUCUGCAUUUAAUGGAGUUUUGAUUGCUUCGCAUUUGCAGAACUGGAAAGAUUUAUUGAUUUGACUAUGUUGUUUUUGAUGGAGAAAAAUCUUUUCUUCUGCAAGAGGGAACUUUGGUUCACUGCGCACAAAUAGUCCUUUUUUGCAAAGAAAACAUCUUCACUUGUGGACAUGGCCAGAAGUCUGCCAGCCCUGUCCAGCAGACACAGCUACAAACACAAGUUUAUAGGUGUUUUGGAACACAGGGCUAAAUUAUUUUCUAGUCUUUUUGUACAGUGUACCAUUUUAAUCUGUCUUCAACUGUUUUAUCCAAGAUAAAUUUCCAAAAGAAAGUAGUUUUGAUUUAUUUAGGAUUUUUUUGUUUUGUUUUGUUUGCUUAGUUACACAUCACUGUCAGUUUGGCCAAAUGAAAAGGGGGAAAAAUAAAUGACAAUGUUUUUAAAGCAAAAAAUACUUUUUUUGUGGAAUAAAAUGUUGCCUAAGGCCCUACAACAAUUAAAUGUGGGCAUCUUCUUCAGUAGUCCCUUGCUGAUGUUCGAUAAAACACACAAACAUUCCCAACACUACCACAAAAACACCUCCUGGGAGUCUGUUUUUAAUUAUUUUAAGUGGAAAUGAUUUUGAAAUACAUGUCAACUUAAAAUUUCCAAGCACAUUAAAAUGUAGCAAGCUAACAUAUUGGAAUAUUGAGUGCGUAAAACAUUCCUUGACCACAACACAGUACCAUUGUUACCACAUACCUUGUGUGCAGUUUCAAAUGCAGGUGCUUCGCUUAGCAGGUCCCCCUUGUGACUCUUAGAACAUUUUCAAAGCUCUCCUUUGUGUGACAGUUGUAGUGUUUUGGAAUAUAAUUUCAGACUUUUUGUCUUGCACAUAGGUGUAAAAGUUGUAUUGCAUUUUGUGGAUAUAAAGUAACAUUGUCGUGUGUG